UGAGCGGAGUCAUGGAUGUAUGAGCGGACUACACGUCAGUUCGAACGAGUUGUAACCAGGAAGUGGCUAGUAAGCUAGCAACGGAUAAUGAGCAGCUGAAACUGUAAUAUUUUGACAGCUUCAGAAGGGCAGGAUGGGCAGGCAGAGGAAGAGGGUGGUGACUGGUGAAGCUGCUCCCCUUCCGAGGAAAGAUGAGAAGCCCCCUGCAUUUCACCGUAAAGAGAAGAAAAAGAAAGUUGAUAUUGGCAAAGUCUUCAUCAACAUCUCCAUUGGACUUUGCAUAUUCAGCCUGAUAUGGUUCUUUUAUGCCCUCUACAUGCGAUCCAGCCUAGCAAAACGGGUGGCAACCCUACACCCAUCACCUCCAGUCUUGGAUGCCAAUUGCAGCAGUGCCAAGGUCUCCACAGAGAGGUUCUGGGGCUCAUAUAGGCCUCAGGUCUACUUUGGCAUGAAAACCAGGAGUCCCAGGUCAAUUGUUACAGGUAUGAUGUGGAUGCGGCAGUUUUCUGACACAGAUGUAAACCUGAGGCACACUUGUGAGCAAGGGGAUGGUUUGCAAGGCUAUGGCUGGAUGAUGCAUGACGGGAUCACCUUUGGUGUCCAGGAAAUCCUAGACAAGGAUUUCACACUUACUACGGAGUUUGUCAAGAAGAUGGGAGGGGCUCACGGAGGAGACUGGACCUGGAGGAUCACUGCUAAACAGCAUAGCUCGGCCCCUCAAGCGCCUGUCAUCUCUCUGAUGUUUUACGCGGCAGCAGACACCCAGGGCUCACUGGAGGCUCACGUUGAGGAUAGAAACCGCCUUGCAUCGAUCACUGGCUUCUCAGAGGAGCUUGGAAACUUUAAGAUCACCUUCCGAAAACCAGUUACCGGGGAAUUAUCCAGUGCCAAAUAUGCAAGCUACAACUAUCUUCAGACUGUCUCUCCUGGCUUGGAGAAGCUGACUGACAUUGUGAAGCACAGUCUGAACCGCAGGUUUGUCUACAGCCCUCCUUCUGGUGAGAAGAGGCAUUACAUAGCUGUAGACACCUACAAGCCCCCCCACCACCAAAACCAACAGAAACCCGCUGACACAAGGAAAGAAUUUGACUUUGUCGUUCACCAGGUGACCGUCCAGACGCCAUUCCAGAUUGAAGUUUUGUUUGAGUCUGGGAGCUUCCAUAGCCGUCCCAACCAACUAGUGGGCUCAAUCAUGACUCAGGAGUUGGAAAAGAGGAAAGCUGAGUUUGACACUAAGUUUGAGAAGACCUUUGGGCUUGAGAGCAAAGGUUUUAGCCAGCCACAUAUUAAGUUUGCCAAGGCGGCACUCAGCAACAUGUUGGGUGGAAUGGGCUACUUCUAUGGGCAGUCAGUGGUACAGUCAGUCUACAAUGAAUACCCGCUUCUGUACCCUGAAGGCGCUUUAUUCACUGCUGUACCAUCACGGUCUUUCUUUCCUAGAGGAUUCCUUUGGGACGAGGGCUUCCACCAGCUCCUGCUGAGCAAAUGGGAUCCCCAGGUGACAAGGGAAGCUAUUGCCCACUGGAUAGACCUGAUGAAUAUAGAGGGCUGGAUUCCCCGUGAGCAGAUCCUGGGAGAUGAGGCUCGCAGUAAAGUCCCAGCUGAGUUUGUAGUACAGCGUAAUGAGAAUGCCAACCCUCCUACUCUUUUCUUGGCUCUUCAGGAACUUAUCGAACAGCUUUCUUCAAAUCCAGAGAAGGCAGCAUCUCAAGCAACCUUGCCUUUCCUCCGGCGGCUCUUCCCCAGACUGAAAACCUGGUUUGAAUGGUACAACACCACACAGACAGGGCCCCUACCAAAUUCUUAUCGUUGGCGUGGACGUGACAAGGACACAAAUCUUUUCCUCAAUCCCAAGACCUUGACUUCUGGGCUGGAUGACUAUCCUCGGGCUUCACACCCAUCAUCGGAUGAGCGCCAUGUGGAUUUGCACUGCUGGAUGGCCUUGUCCUCAGGCAUCAUGGCAAGUAUAGCCCGCCUUCUAGGGGAGCCUUAUCAUGACUAUGAAAUCUCCCACAAAGUGCUCAGUGACAACAACCUGCUGAAUGAGCUCCACUGGUCAGAGCAACUUCAUGCUUUUAGUGACUACGGCAACCAUACCCAGGCAGUGUCCUUGCAGCAGGAGAAGGUGUAUGUGCCUCCCGGACAACCUCGUCAUCAGUUCCCUGUGGCACGACUUGUGCGCUCAGUUCGCCGGGCCCCCAAGCUGCAGUAUGUAAAUGCUUUGGGUUAUGUUAGCUUGUUCCCUUUCUUACUGCACGUUCUUACAGCUGAUUCACCUAAACUAGAACAUAUCUUCCGGGACAUGAGAGACUCAAAUAAGCUGUGGACACCCUAUGGCCUACGUUCAAUUUCAAAGGCUGAUCCUCUGUAUAUGAAGCGAAACACAGAACACGAUGCCCCCUACUGGAGGGGACCAAUAUGGAUUAACAUCAAUUACUUGGCAGUCAGAGCCCUGCACCACUAUAGCAACACAGAAGGGCCCUACCAAGAGAAGGCAGCUGCUCUUUAUAAGGAACUCAGGACUAACCUCAUCAAUAAUGUUUAUAGACAGUAUGUUGAAACAGGGUAUAUCUGGGAACAGUACAAUGACAGCACUGGCAGGGGCCAAGGAAGCCAUCCAUUUACCGGCUGGUCAUCCUUGAUAGUAUUAAUGAUGGCUGAACAGUACUGAUUC